AUGACUACAACAGGUGUAGGAUCUGACGUUUCGGAUGAGGAGUAUGUCAUUCCAACUAAUCGUAAAAGACAAAAGCUUGAAACUUCUGGUGACGUUGUAAUCAACUCUGACUUACCAGCUUCUUCACAUUAUUUAGAAACUGUAAAUGUUAACGAUUUGAAUUUUGAUUACGAUAAGAUCUGCCUGGUGACACUUUCCGAUGUCAACGUCUAUUGUUGUUUAUGCUGUGGGAAAUACUUUCAAGGUAGAUCGAAGCAGCUGCCAGCAUAUUUGCAUUCCGUGAACAACGACCACCAUGUAUUCAUCAAUAUGGAGUCGCUCAAGGUUUUCAUACUACCAGAAAAUAAAGAGAUUUGUAUUGUAGAGAAUGGUAGUAGUAGUAAUAGUGGCAUUAAAGUUAUCGAUAACAUACGAUAUGCCAUUGACCCAAAGUAUACCUUGAAAGACCUCAAACAUCCUCAGACUGUGUCGGUAACGGCAGAUGGUAAGAGAUACCUGACUGGUUUCAUUGGUCUUAAUAGCUACACAAAAAACAAUUUAAUCAACGUAGUCUUUCAAAUACUUAGCCAUAUACCAGCUGUAAGGGAUUAUUAUUUGCUAGAAAAAGAAAAGGAGAAUGGAAAUAGUGAAUUGUCUAAAAGAUUCGGUUUGAUUGUUCGUAAGAUAUGGUCCCCCAGGCUCUUCAGGAACCAUGUUGCUGCUCAUGAGUUUGUUGUGGCCGUUGAAAAGGAGAAAACGUAUAGUUCCAUAUUUGAUAAGAUGGUUAAGACUACAGCCAUCUCACCAGGUAAAUUUCUUGAUCUAGUAUUGAUAGUCCUUGAUCGACAAAUGUCAAAGAAGAGUAAAUCAAUAUUCAGCAAAACUUUUCAAGGGAAAGUACAAGUGACCUCAAUUCCAUUGGUGUCACAGAGAGAUGAGCAGUCGAAUACGGUACAAGAGGUUCCCGAUUCGAGCUUGAAAAGAGAAACAAUAUCAAGGUUUUGGAAUUUAACACUAGAUAUUCCCCCUAUUGCUACUACAAGUUCUGAACGAGCCGAAAUACCUCAGGUGAAGUUAGAAUCGCUCCUAGCAAAGUAUAAUGGGAUAACUACGAAAACGAUUACAACGGCAAGUUCUGGGAAUCAUUUGGUAUCAUACAAACUAAUAAAACUUCCACACUACUUGAUAUUUGAUAUUUGCAGAAACGCUGAAGUUGCAACCAUUUCUAGUAAGAAUAAGUACAAUGCCACGGUCGUCACAUUUCCAAUCACUUUGGAUAUGUCACCUUACUUUAAUACACCGGAAGAGACGCUAAUCUACGACCUUGUGUCUACUGUUAAGCGAACUCUGACAGAUAGUAGCGAGACUGAUGACAGUUUAGAGAAGCAUGAAUGGACGGUAAGGCUUCAAAAGGAUGAGACUGAAUGGGUUGCCAUAAGUGACUUGAUUGUUGAACAAGCAGAGAGAGAGCUUAUGUUCUUAGAUGAGAAUUACUUGAUGGUUUGGAAAAGAAGGAGAGUAUAA